CUUCAAAAAUUUAAACAAAUUUGUAGCAUCCUGGCCUGUCGUUUUAGUUAAAUAAAAUCAAUAUGAAUACGCCGGGCAUGAGCCUUUUUCAGGGGGCCGAGCCCUUGAACGUGAGCUCGACACUAGAGCGCCAAGAAGAAGAAGAAGCUCUAGAGGAUCAGAAACGACGCGACGAGGAGCUGGGCAACUUGCUGGAGAAUGCCUUCGAUGAUCUGGAUGACGACGAAAGUACAAUCGACUCGACUACAAAUUUCCAGUCAGAUUUGUUGCCCGAACAGCCGCACCACCACCACCACCAUCAGCAACAGCAGCAGCAGCAGCAUCAUCCCGCUCAAGGCUACGUACAGCCAACAGCAGAAGAGGACCAUCACCAUCGGCAUGCCAGCGAAAUGCACAAGCUUAAAAUGAUGCUGGAAUCCAAGUCGCACGAAUGCGAACAUAUCGGACAGCAGGCCACGGAUGCCCUGAAGAAGCUUGACGAAGAGCAAAAGCGCGUGCGCAUCUUGCAGGCGGAGCUGGACCGGGCACUUCGCGAGAAGCAGAACACACAUGAGCUGCUGGUGGACACGAAGGCGAAGUGCUCCAAUCAGGAGAGCAGCAUGGAAAAGCUGCGGGAGGAGAAGAAACGUCUGGAAGAGGACAACACUCGGCUGGAGGGGCAGCUGGAGCUGACACGGGCGAUCGUUUCCGACCUGAAGUCCAAGUACGACAUGGUGGAGCGUGACUCCCACAAGCGGGAUGAUCGCAUCGCCGACUCCCGCAUCAGGCAGUUGGAGGAGCAUCAUCGAGCCCAAUGCGAUCUUCUACAGGAGCAGCUGAGCCAAGGCACCGAUCAGCUGAACAAAAAACAGAACGAACUGGAAAAGAUGACCGCUCGCUACAACGCCCUGCAGUCCAACCUGGAGGCCACGCUAAGGGAAAAGGCAGCCACGAUAAAUGAGCUAAACGCGGCCCUGGACGUGGCCCAGAGUCGCUGCCAGCAGCUGGAUGGCAAGCCCAAUUACGAGCCAGAGUACUCGCGCCAGCAGCACUACAUUAGGGAGUUGGAGGCCAAAAUCGAUGCCAUGGAGCAGACCAUAGCCCUGCUGAACGGGCACCUCAGUGGGGCCACAGCAGAGCUGGACCUGAUGGACACGCUGCUGCAGCAGAACCAAACGGACGAGCCGUCUGCAGGGCCGCGGGCUGCUUCGACCCGAUUGGUGGGCAGCACGCCGCUCAAUCCCGUCGAUCGCAUUGGCCACAUCAAGCAGGAGCUCUACCGAGCUCUGGCCAAUCUCAAGCACAUGAGGGAGGAGGUGCGCAAGCUGGAAAAGCAGCUGGAAGAGCGCAAUCAGGAGCUGCGGCUGCUGCGCGGGCAGGAGAACCAGUCCCUGGUGCAGCUUGCCACACUCAAAGAAGACAAGGUGCGGCUGGAGAGCCGCGUUAAGAACUUGCAACAGGAGCUGGAGGAGCUGGAUCGCAGGUCGAAAAAUGAUUGCAAAUUGCAGGAGGAGGUCAAUGUGUUGAUGGCUGAGCGGGAUGCGGUGACGGAGCAUCGCCAGAAGAUGGACAACCAGCUGAAAAAGGUUCAGAUUGAUCUGGACAGGGUGAACCAAGAUCACGAGAAGCUCAAGCAGAACUAUGAGCAGCUGCUGCAGGAUAACCGCCAGCUGCGAUCUCGGGACACAGCGGACAACAUGCGUCUGGAUCUGGAACGACACAAAAUCUUGCUGAAGGAUGCCCAAAGCGAGGUGGAACGACUGAAGAAACUCUACGCAGACAUUGCCAAUGACAAGGAGACGCUCAGCUACGAGCUUCGCAAGCUGCGCGAGCUGGACACAGUCAAGGAGCUGCACGAGCAGCGCCAGCAGUUGGCCAAUCUCCAGCGCACCGUGCAAAUAGCGGAGCUCAAGUCAGAGGAGUUGGCCAGCAUUCUGGAGGCGGAGAAGCACAGUCACCAACGAGAGCUGCAGGCCAUGCGCGACAAAUGCGAGCACGACAAGUGCGAAGAGGUGGCCGCCGCCGCGGCCAAGGAGAACUCCGCCAAUUGCAGCAAAUGUGUGGAAAAGUGGUCCGAAAUCACAAAGGCUGAGAUUCAAAUGCUUAAGCUUCAGAAUAUCAACGCAAGGCAGGCCAAAGAUUUGAGGCAGCUGGCGGAGGAGCUGGAGCAGUCUAAGGCUUUCCAGGCUGAGCUCGAGGAGAAAAUUGAACGGUCCAGCCAGCAGGAGAGUCUCCUCAGCGAGCUCAAGGACAAGGCCAAGCAAAUGGAGGAAUACAUCAGGCAGCAGGAAGAGGCGACUGCAAAGAAGACGCCGAGCCCCCGAGCCCCCUCGAUUGAGCUCAGCCCAGAGCGCAUCAAGCGCAUCGAGCAGCGCGUUCGUGACGAAAUGGCCAAACUGUUUGCGGUGGAGCUGAAGAAUUUCAAUGCUCGGCUGCAUCAGUCGGAGGAGAAAAAUCGUUGCCUGCAGCGCGAGCAUCAACUGGUCUGCGGCGAGCUCCAGCAGCGGCAGAACGAAGUCGACCUGCUAAAGCAAACCAUUCUGGCGGAACGCGAGAAGAUCGAAGAAAUACUGGAGGCGAAGGAAGAGAAGCAGAAAGUAAUGCUGCAAAAAUGCCGCAGCGAAAUUCAGGCGAAGAAUCAGCGCAUAGCAGAGCUCAUGCGGGCACUGGACGAGCAGCAUGCGAGCAUAGACUCCGAGCGCAAGUCAAUGAAGGCUGUAAUGGCCCAGUGGGACGCACAGAAGCAGUCUGUGGAGCAGCAUUGGCGUGAACAGCUGCAGAUGCUGCGCGAAACGCACGAGGAGGCUCUGCGCACCACACAACAGCGCUAUCAGAGUGCCAAACGCACGGCCCACAACUACAAGCUGUAUGCGGAGGAUAAGGAGGCCCACAUGAAGCGGGAGUACGAUCGCAUCAAGCACGAGUACGAGCUGUCGCUGGCCAAGAUCGAGCUGCAAAUGAAUCAGCGCCUGGAGAGGAAGUCCCGCGACAAGGAAAACCAACCCAGUAACAGCAACAGCAACAGCAAUAAUAGAUAGCAUUAAUUAUAAAUAUCGAAACCAAAUAUACUCGCUCAUACAUUCCCACAUGCCGAAUGACUUGGUUGAAGGAACAUUUUUCAUUGGAUUAUUCAGGAUGCAGCUAAGGGUUAGCCUGAGCGAACUUAUCCGUUUUCUGCUACCAUUUCAACUUCGUUCUGCUGUUGUUGGAGCUCACCGCAGACCAGUUGGUGCUUGCGCUGACAGAGCACACAUUCCUUUGUACAAUAUUAAAGCUGUUUUCAGCUUCAAAUAUAUU